UCACCCAGCGGCGGCAGCAGCAGCAGCAACAGCGGCCUCCAUUUUAACUCCCACACCGAGCCAGACCUCACGUGUCCUGGGCUGUCUCUCUCACAUGACCCGAGUGUUUGUUCCCGUGAUCAGCACUUCCAUCUCCCUCCGUGACACCGAAGAUCACUUUUUAUUGUGACCCUGAUGGAUAUGCUCGAACAGAGCCUGGACACCGCAAGCCAAGAAAAACAAGAAGAAGAGGUUAUCCAGACAUCUGAAGAAGAGCAGCCUGCUGUGACCAUAGCCAGUGUUCAGCAGGCUGCAGCGUUUCGGGACCAGAACAUACAGUAUCAGUUUCGCACAGAGGGUGGACAGCUCACCUAUCAAGUGGUUCAGGUCACGGACCAGCACCUCGAGGGGAGAGAUGAAGCAGGGGGAGCUGUGAGUGUCGUCUCCACAUCUGCAUUCGCUGGCGCUCCUCAGGCUGUGGCUCAGGCUGUGAUCCAAAACCCUUUCAGUAAUGGAGGGAGCCCAGCAGGAGAAGCAGUGGGAGGGGAGACCCGCUUCGCUUACUUCCCCGCGACUGCGGUGAGCGACGGGACGGUGUCUGUGCAGGCCGCCGCAGACCCCGCACUCACGCAGGCAGGGGGUCAGUUUUAUGUGAUGAUGACCCCCCCUGACGUCAUUCAGACAGGCACACAGCGAACCAUCGCCCCGCGCACACAGCCCUACCCUGCAGAUGAGAACGAGCUGCUGCAGCAGGAAGGUUUAAACUGGAAAAUGGAUGGACCCCGAACACCGAGAGAUGAAAGGAGGAGAGCUCAACAUAAUGAAGUCGAAAGGCGGCGGAGAGACAAGAUCAACAACUGGAUCGUCACGCUGUCCAAGAUCAUCCCAGACUGCAACAUGGACAGCACCAAGACCGGGGCAUCGAUGUCCUCCCAGAGCAAAGGAGGCAUCCUGUCCAAAGCCUGCGACUACAUCCGCGAGCUGAGGCAGAGCAACCAGCGGCUGCAGGAGAGCCUGAAGGAGGUGGAGAGGAUACAAGUAGACAACGAGCUGUGCAGGCAGCAGAUCGAGGAGCUGAAGAACGAGAACGCGCUGCUCCGAGCGCAGCUCCAGCAGCACGGCAUCGAGAUGGUCGGCGAGACGCCGCCGCAGUGAAGGAGGCCGGGAGGAGAGGAGCGUCGCCACUCAAGACGUGCACCCGACACGGCGGAAACGAUGGAGGAAAGACUUGAGGAGAAGCACUUCUCCACAGCGAGCGCAUCCUUUUCUUUUUUUUUUGCCCGGGUUUCCAGGUCGCAGACCCUCCACCAGCCGGUGCGGCCGCACUUGACUGUUCCACUUCCACCGAGAAAACCACCGACUCGGUGAAAACACGCUUCAAGGAAAAAAGCCCACUUGACUCCAUCGGAGGGCCUCCACUGAGAGAGCGCCUCCGCCGAACUCCUGUGUUUUCUAUUUAUGUAGCCCUCACGGACUCUGUUUCCCAGUUGAUUUCAUUCCCUGCCAGUGUAUUUCAUCCCCCAUUUAUUAAUUCUGACUUAGUUCACGCUUUUAUUCGUUUCUUUUUUGUGUGUUUGAGUUCUGUUUUAAUAUGUUGUUUUUAGCUCCUUUUUAAUUUAUUAGUCCGCUUGCUGACGGAAGGCUCGAUGGAGACCAGUUACGAUAAAGGCCGCUCACCCCACAGAAGACGGGGGGGGGGGGGGGUGCGUUUUUUUUAAACGUGAGAAACAUGAAAUUAUGGCAAAAUAUGAUCGUGCAGACAGAAGUGAUGUGAGCUUACCUAGAUCCAAAGACAAACGAGGAGCGCUGCAUCCCGGCGCUCCUGGCCUGAUUCAUGUAAAUGGGACGACUCGCGUCCAAUACAGAUGUUUCAGAAUGUUCUGAGCCGAUUAUCUCUGGGAAUCAACAAUCAAUAACUCAUUAACUCAUACUUGCCCCCUUUUGUCAUAAUAAUUAUCCUGAAGUGUGUGCAAUCGGAAAGCUCCAGGUGAUGAAAGAGGCAGCGUACUUGAACUGUUGGGCAUUUGCUUUCAGAGGAAAAAAAACAAAACGUCUCCAUAUGAAUCACGAUGCUGUGCAAAUAUCCACCCCUUCAGAUUGUAUUUGUUUACAGAUCGAAAUACGACCAUUGCGCCAAUGAGUGAUGCAAACGCUAAUUUUUUGGCAAGUUCUACCCAGGUGCAGGUUUAAUUUUCAUCCGUUGUUCACGUGUGAUUUACCGGCGCGUCUCGGCGCGCGUGUGAAUUAUCCCCCACGUUUCAUUUCAAGCUGUUUGCUCUAUUUCGGUAUUAUAACACUUCAAAUGAAUCUCGGCGCGCACGGGGUCGGGGAGGGGGGGGGGCGCCCCGGAGAGCGCCGUUCAAAGACCGCUCGCUACGGAAGAGAAAUACACAGAAAUCCCGUCGUACUCCUCAGCUGAGCUCAACUGAUUCUCCUUGAAACGACGGGCGAAGUUGGGAAAUGUAACUUGGAAACAGCCUCACACAUUUCUCCAUCCACUCAGGCGAACAAUAACUAAAGUGUAAUUGGUUUUACAAGCACCAAAAAAAACCAAUAUUAACCCUGUUGAUGAUUUUCUGAAUGAAUUUACAUGAUGUUUUAUUUCUUCUUCUUCUUCUUCUUUUUUUUUUGUGUUUGUUCCGCUUUGGGCAAUGCGAAUGAAAGCGGGAAAAGAGAGAGAGAGAGAGAGAGAACAAGAGACACGAAGCUUUUGGAACCACUUAUUAGAGCAUGAUUGCGCCUCCCUAUAUCAACAGCUCAGGAUCCAGCUAAGCAAAACCAACACUCAGACCCCUGGCAAAAUCAGGCAGACGAUCCCAUUUGAAUAUCUCAGACUGUGUAAGUUAACAGCUCGCGCUUUGGCAGCGCCGCUCGGCUCCGACUGCUAGAUUCAGACCUGAUAGGGAUAGUGCAAGUGUCUGAUCUAUCAGCGAGGCUCCCAGCCAAAGUUAAAUGAUAGAUGUUUUACAGUAGAGGGUCUUUUUUUUUUUUUUUUUUUUUUUUUCUUUUCUUAGUGAGGCGAGAGAGGCAGAGAAUGUGAAGACAUGAAUAACGUUUUGGAAGACGGAUGUUCACAAAUGAAAGGUCAUUCGUGGAUAAUUCUUUUUUCUUUGCAUUUCAUUUUUUUUUUUUUUUUUUGAAGUGGUAAAAGAAAAGAAUCAAAAGACUGUAGCAGCCUCACUGUUCUCAGGUUAGAAACAUCUUUUUCUAAGUAAAAUUAUGUCAAAAAAAUAAAUAAAACUUUCACUAGCUAAC